GUUGGUGUUUUUCUUCUUUUGUGCAGAAAAAUCCUCUGCAGAUCUGCACGAGGGGGAAAAGAGACCGGAGCGGGGUUUUCUACAGUACAACUAGCAAGAACCUCCUGUGGGCCGGCCUCUUUCUUUUCUCACCUCGUGUUUUUCUCUGGACCUGAGCUCGGCCCCUGAGGAGCGACGCCCCCACGACAGGGUGCAGGUUUGUCAUACAUUAACCUCAGAGAGUGAAGUUCAGUCUUAUGUCGUCCUGACCCGUCGUCAUGCCCCUGCUGGAGUUCGUGGCUGGAAGUGUCUCAGGGGCCCUGGGCAUCGUGGUGGGACACCCCAUCGACACAGUGAAGGUGCGGCUCCAGGCUCUGGCUCAGUACAACGGCCUCGUGCACUGUGUCCUCCAGACCUACUCCAGAGAAGGGGUGUGGGGUUUUUACCGGGGCCUGGCGUUCCCGGCGGUGACCACAGGUCUGGUGAACUCUCUGGUGUUUGGGGCGUACAGUAACGCUCUGGACGCUCUGAGCCGGAGCGGGCGAGAGGAGCGAGGAGCCGCCCCCUCUGUGCCCGCGCUCCAGGUCUACGCCGCGGGGGCCUUCGCUGGACUCGUGCAGGUCCUGGUGGCCGCUCCCAUUGACCUGGUUAAAGUGCGUCUGCAGGGCCAGACGGGCUCUGGGGGCCCCCGGGGGCCCCUGCACUGUGCCCUGCUCAUCCUGAAGCAGGAGGGGCUCGUGGGACUUUACCGCGGGGGCCUGGCCAUGGCUCUGCGGGACGUCCCCUGCUACGGGUUCUACUUCCUCCCGUACGAAGUCAUUUGUAAAGCUCUGACGGAGAGCGGACACAGUUCAGGGACGUUUGCGGUGCUGGUGGCGGGCGGCGUGGCGGGCGUGGUCACGUGGGCCCUGGCCACGCCCAUGGACGUGGUGAAGGCGCGGCUGCAGCUGUCGGGGGCGGGCGGGCGCAGGUACAGGGGGGUGCUGGACUGUGUGAGGGUCAGCGUGAGGGAGGAGGGCCCUCGGGUGCUCUUCAGGGGCCUCAUGCUCAACAGCGUCCGCGCCUUCCCCGUCAACGCCGUCACCUUCCUCAGCUACGAGCACCUCCUGGACCGCCUGUGCCCGAGCACCGCACCCAACUGA